UAAAUGAAAAGACUAUUGCAGAAGAGCUUAUGUUUUCCCAGGCCUUAAGUUCCACCUCAAAAGGCAGUGACGUUUUGUCUGCCAUCGAUAUAUUUUUUGAUCAGAAUGGCCUCUCUUGGAAAAAUGUUGUAGGUGUACAGACGGUGUCCCUGCUAUGCUAGGAUCACGAUCGGGUUUUGUGAAGCUUGCAAAAGAUAAAAAUCCAUCAAUAAUUGGUUCUCGUUGUGUAAUACACCACCAAGCCUUAGCUGCAAAAACACUGCCAUUUGAAAUUAAAAAUGUACUAGAAGUAUGUAUAAAAAUUGUUAAUACCAUCAAAAGUAGUGCUCUUAAUUCACGUCUUUUUAAGAUUCUUUAUUCUGAGCUAUCAGCCCAACAUUCUGUUUUAUUAUUCCAUACCGAGGUUCGUUGGUUAUCCAAAGGAAAUAUGCUUGAGCGUUUGUACGAAUUAAAGUCUGAAGUCGAAAUAAUGCUUUUACAAUUAGGAAAAGACGAUCUUCGGGAAAAUUUUACUGAUGAAAAUUUCACAUUCUACUUCGCAUAUCUAGCAGAUUUUUUUGAGACUAUUAAUAACCUAAAUCUCAAAUUACAAGGAAAGAAUAUAAACGUCAUAAUCGCGAACGAUUCUAUCAACUCAUUUCUAGAAAAGAUACAACUGUGGAAACGCCGAGUAAACAAAGAGACUCCUAAUUUUUCGUCUUUCCAUCGACUGAACGAACUUCUCUCUGAUGAAGAAGAACCAUUUUGUCCUACUGGAUUGAAAGAUAUAGUGAUUAAACAUCUCGACAGUUUGACUGAUGAAUUCACUCGAUAUUUUCCAAAUUUUUCGAACAAAAGUUGGCAAUAUAUGUUAACAAGUUCUCCAUUCAGUACUAACGUAGACACAUUGCCAGAUAUAAUUCAAGAACAGGCAAUCGAGCUGAAGAACGAUUCACGGGCGAAAAUUGAAUUUAACAGUGGUAG